CUCUCUCUGAAACGUCGAUGAUGAACAAAGGCGGAGGAUUAGGCGGCGGUCUCGCCGGAUCCGGUGGGGGAAGCGGACCGACGGCGGCCGCGGCAGCUGCGGCGGCUCAGAAGCAGAAAACAUUGUUGCAGAGGGUAGAGAAUGACAUCACCAAUGUCGUUGAUAACUUCGCGCACAUCGUCAGUGUCGCUAGGGUGGGUGAUCUCCCAGUGAAGAACUCGCAGGAAGCAUUCAUGAUGGAGAUGCGUGCGGCUCGAAUGGUUCAAGCGGCUGACUCUCUUCUAAAGUUGGUGUCUGAGCUGAAGCAGACUGCGAUUUUUUCAGGAUUUGCCUCUUUAAACGACCACGUGGAACAGAGAAUCGCAGAGUUUAACCAAGAGGCCGAGAGAACAAAUCAGCUGUUGGCCAGAAUCGGCGAUGAGGCAGCUGCCAGUCUCAAAGAGCUGGAGUCCCAUUAUUAUUCGUCUGCUCAGAGAACGAAUCCAGAUAUGUAAAGCUUGAACCUAUCCCUCUCUAUGAACAGAGAAAGUAGGGCUGUAUCCAAUUCUUCAUUUCGAUAUCCAAUCUUUACAGAGGCAGAUGAUGUAGGAA